AAAGACGAAGCUCAAGAGUUUUUAUGAUUUAUGUGUUAUAUUAUAAUCUUCUUCUCAUCUCUACUCUCGAACUCCAAAUUUCAGAAUCAUAAUUCCAAAAUUAUGAGAUCACAACGCAGAUUCAUAAAUAAUUUCUUCUUUGAACAAUUUCCCCUUUCAAUUACUUGGUAUUACUGACAAACCUCUCUUCUUUCGAUUUCUAGGGUUUCAACGGUUGUAUUGUUCAUGCUUGACUUGAAUCUCGCAUGCCCUAAUUUCUUUUUGUUCUUCCUUUCAAUUACCGGUUUCUUUCUUGCUUUUUAUGUGUUCUUGUUUCUGUGAUUUGGGGUUUCCGAAUUUUGAUUUUGCUUCGGUUAGAUGAAUGAUAUGGAUCAUACUCAGAUCUUAAUCAAUCAUAACUUCGUUGUUUGGACUCAGCCUCCGAAUUUGCCUCCGGUUCUACCGUUGUUGGAGAAUCGAAGUAUGUUUCUUCAACCCUCUCAAAGGUCGCUCUCCACACCUCCUACUUCAAAUCAUGGCCGAGGUUUCAGAAAAGGGAAAAGGCCUGAUAUGAGGCGAAAAGAUUUAACUGCAACAGCGUACAAACCCUCCAAUUGGAACGAAUUACAGUACCAAAAUCGCUUGAAAUCGAGGCGUUUCUAUCCCAAGAAGAAAUCCAACUACCGUUUUCCUCCUUUCGCGCCUCGCAAUACCACUUCCUUCUUAAUUCGAGCCAAACGAUCCGGUGGUAUUGCGUCGUUAGUGUCGCCUUAUCCGGUCACCCCCGCGGUUUUGCCUACUCCCAUUUUUUCGCCUCUGAGAGAAGUUCUUGUUGAUAUGGCUAAAGAGGAGUGGGGUCUUGAUGGGUAUGGCUCGAUGAAGGGUCUGAUUAGGCUUCGGUCGGCAAAAGAUUACGAAGACGAAGAAGAAGAAGAAGAAGAUGAAGUUGGGGAAUCUGGUGAUAGCGAUGUGGAAGGACAUUUGGAGGUGGAGAGACGGCUGGAUCAUGAUUUAAGUAGGUUUGAAAUGAUCUGCCCAACUUCUGGUAGUGAAGAACAGAGUACCCUUUUGGAGAGUAGAGUGGACGAUCGAGAUUGUCACAUAUCCCAGCUUGAGGAGGAGAAUUUGACAUUGAAGGAAAGGGUAUUUUUCAUGGAGAGAGAGUUAGAAGACCUAAGAACAAGGAUUCAAUGCUUGGAAACUGAAGGUUGGCGCCUCCAACUUAUGGACAAUAACAAAGAGGAAACUGCAGCAUCUGAGAACGCCUUUGAUAAUGGUGGCAACGACCAUGCUUACUCUGAGAAAAGCAUUAAUGGCAUUGGGAAUGAAUGAGAUUACAAGUCUCAUUUACCAAACUCAACUGAGGUGAAUUUGUGCAAAAUAUUUGCAUUAGUCUUAUCUUGUCUUAGGAUUAAUUUUAGAGUUAACUUUCAGUUUGUGUAGUUUGAUGACUUCUUUUUUUAAUCCUUUUUCCUUGUGGGUCUGACUCAAAUCAGAAUCUGUUGACCAUACAUCUUUAGUAGUGUACAGAACUAACCCUUAUGUAAGAAGUUUGUUCUAUCUGUUCUUUUGUUCAUAUUUCUUAAUCCUUUAGUCUUUAUAUGCAUUCAUUUCAUUUGUUUUGAUAUGAUAGAACAACUCUAAAAGUAAUAUAGACUAGAGAGGGGCUGUGUUUGGUUCAGAUCUUUGUUCUCUAAUGAAACACAGUUCAUAAAGUGUUGGAUGUCAGGACCUAUUGUUUUUCAGAACAUUGUGACGAUAGCAGCUGCCUGAAAAGGGAAGUUUAUGUGUUUCAGGCAUUGUAUCAGCUCUUUUCACUGCCGGAGCUUUGUGCAUUUAACCGUUGUUCUUCACAGAGCUGAAUCCUGUAUCUGAAGGCAAGGUCAAAUUUUGACGAUGAGAACAGGUUGUUUUCCUUUUUCCUUGAUUGGUUUCUGAAAAAAGCUACGUUCAUUGUAUUAUUAUUGUUGUUGUUAUUACUAUUAUUAUUUGUGAUUAGAGUGAAACGCACCAGGAUGAGUUUGUAGUUGCAUUCAACUACUGCUCUUAAUUUGUAGACAAAUGAGAUAAUCGAUGUUGGCCUCUCUCAUUUAA